AUGCACGUGUUUGUGAAACACUUUAACAAAUUUCUUUACGACCGGGAUGCAGAGGAGAGCUUCCAGGAGAAGAGGACUCGACUGGGUGGAGUGGUUUACAAAGUUGGCGAACCCAUGGAGAAGCACGCUGCAAAGAUAUAUACCCGAACUAUAUUCGAGAAGUUUCAGGAAGUCCUAUAUAAGUAUGGGUCAUACUACGGCGACGAAUUGGUUCCGGGAGAGAUAUACGUGGCAAAACAUUUCGGUAGCGAGAGCCUAGAGAAGUGGCGCAAGGUUGAGUAUAAGUUGUCGGUCAAGGACGGCUAUUGUGCGUGUGAGUGUGGUACUUGUCCACCUCAGGUGCACGGAGAUCCAUGCCCCACAUGUGAUGAAGAAAUGGACAGUGGACGCGCGGAAUGUUUUGCCACUCCACCUGGUGCAGUACCAGAAGGACUAGGGCCUGGUGACAUCUACAGCUCCAGGCAUUCACAGCUCUACCUCAACUGCAUGGAGGUGGUGAGGCUAGGGGAUGUAAAUGUUGAUGCCUACACCACGGCAAUGGAGUCCAUCAUGUUCUUGGUGCCGAAACUUAAGCUUGUCGCGGUCGAGGCGGAUGGCUUAGGGCUAGAGCAGAGCCUCAGCGCGAAGAAAGCUCGAGUGGAUAUUGGUCCUGCUCAUUUACUCAUGGAGCAAGCCACCGGUUCGAAGGACUGCGGUGCAGCAAUCAUCCUGGACGCAGCCCUUCUAGCGCCAUCGGAGAACAAAAGCAGCGCUAGGCCAACAACUAGCCGGGACAAGCCGCCGUACGAGACAACCUUGAAGAGGACAAGAUUCUGCACUAUCUGCAAGCAGCCGGGGCACAAGAGCACUACGUGCGCCGAUCACCCGCCAGGAGCUGCGAAGCCUCGGAAGGAGGCAAAAUGCUCGAACUGUGAUCUGCCAGGUCACCGAAAGACUAGCUGUAUCAAACAAGCAGCAGCCAUGUAG